GCUUCAGCUUAAGAGUUAAGGUAAAGGUGAAUUGGGAAUUUUUUGAGCUUCAUCGUUUUCAUAAUGGCAAAAAAAGACGAAGGAUAUGCCGUUGGAAUAGACCUUGGAACUACGUACUCUUGUGUUGCUGUGUGGCAAGAACAACAUGGUAGAGUUGAGAUUAUUCACAAUGAUCAAGGCAACAAAACUACUCCUUCUUUUGUUGCUUUCACUGAAGAUCAUCAAAGAUUGAUCGGCAAUGCUGCUAAAAAUCAAGCUGCGACUAAUCCACAAAACACUAUCUUUGAUGCUAAGAGACUGAUUGGUAGGAAGUUUAGUGAUCCUAUAGUUCAAAAAGAUAUAAUGUUGUGGCCAUUCAAGGUCAUUGCAGGUGUGAAUGACAAACCAAUGAUUUCCCUCAACUAUAAAGGGCAAGAUAAGAGCUUCUGUGCCGAGGAAAUCUCGUCUAUGGUACUCACAAAGAUGAGGGAGAUUGCAGAGGCGUAUUUGGAAUCACAAGUUAAGAAUGCUGUCAUUACUGUCCCGGCUUAUUUUAAUGAUUCGCAGCGAAAAGCCACUAUUGAUGCUGGUAUCAUUGCUGGUCUUAAUGUUUUGAAGGUAAUCAAUGAACCAACUGCUGCAGCUAUUGCAUAUGGCCUUGACAAGAGAAUUAACUGCGUUGGAGAACGGAAUAUUUUUGUGUUUGACCUUGGUGGUGGGACUUUUGAUGUGUCUCUUCUUACUAUUAAGGAUAAGGUCUUCCAAGUUAAGGCUACUGCAGGAAACACUCACCUUGGAGGAGAGGACAUUGAUAAUAGAAUGGUGAACUAUUUUGUAGAGGAGAUCAAAAGGAAGAAAAAGUUAGACAUUAUUGGGAAUCCAAAAGCCUUGAGGAGGUUGAGAACUGCGUGUGAGAAGGCAAAACGAACACUUUCUUUUGCUAAUGUGACCAAUGUUGAGGUGGAUGCUUUAUUUCAGGGUGUUGAUUUUUCUUCGUCAAUCACUCGUGCCAAGUUUGAUGAAAUUAAUAUGGACCUUUUUGAUGGGUGCAUGGAGAUUGUCGAGAAGUGUCUUACUGAUGCUCAAAUGGACAAGAGUAACGUUGACGAUGUUGUCCUUGUUGGUGGAUCGUCUAGGAUUCCUAAAGUGCAGCAACUAUUGCAAGACUUCUUCCAUGGGAAGGAAGUAUGCAAGGGCAUCAACCCUGACGAGGCUGUUGCUUAUGGUGCAGCGGUUCAGGCCGCUUUGUUGACUGGAAGCUUUAGCAGUGUUCCAAAAUUGGUUCUGAUGGAUGUUGCACCGCUGUCUCUUGGUUGGAAGUUAAUAAAUGAUGUCAUGGCUUUUGUAAUUCCUAGGAACACUUCUAUUCCUGUCAAGAAGACAAAACAAUAUGUUACGAUUAAAGAUGAUCAGUUGAAAGUUUUGAUUGAGGUCUACGAGGGUGAGAGACCAAAAGCAACUGAUAAUCAUCUUCUUGGUUCCUUCAUUCUUUCUGGUUUAACCCCUGCUCCUCGUGGCCAUCCUUUCGAUGUGUGCUUUAAUGUUGAUCAAAACGGUAUUUUAACCGUUUCUGCCAUCGAUAACUCAACUGGUAGCAUGAAUGAAAUUACAAUAACCAAUAACAAGGGAAGGUUGUCAACUGAAGAAAUUAAAAGAUUGAUUCAAGAAGCUCAAGAUUUCCGUAUUGAAGAUAAGAAAUUCUUAAGAAAGGCGGAAGUAAUGAAUGCACUGGACCUCUGUAUUUACAAAGUGAGAAAUGAGUUGAAGAAGAAGGAUAUUAAUCUAAAGCUCUCUUCAGAAGAAAACAAGAAGGUCAAGGAUGCAAUUACAAUGGCUACAGAUUUGCUUGAUGAGAAUGACCAACAGAAUGGAAUUGAUGUUCUCGAGGAUCACCUGAAUAAGCUUGAGAGUAUGUAUCAGCGUAUUAUAGCCAAAUACUGAUAGCUUUUACUAUUUUAUUACUAAUCUUUUAAGUUUUUUCUUAGCUUUAUUCUGUAAGCAAAUGCAGAAAAUGUGCAGGGAUGUUAAUAACUGAAGCUUAAUGUAUUCGUGCGCAUCUUUCUGUUGAAGCAUGACUCGAUUUAUAUAUAUUUACAAGGAAAGUGUUCUGAUUUUUACAAUACAUUUUUCUUCUUAAGCACUGUUAUGAAUCAGUGUAACUUCUUCUUAUGCAUCUAUUCAUCAGCAUCAAUUCCAACCCAAUUAAUAAAA